AUGAGGAGCCAAGACCCCGAUAUCUCCUUCAAGGAUCCAAAAUUACGUGAACUUCUGGAUGUGGGGAACAUUGGGCGCCUGGAGCAUCGGAUGAUAACCGUGGUGUACGGGCCAGACCUAGUUAAUAUCUCCCAUUUGAAUCUCGUGGCUUUCCAAGAAGAAGUAGCCAAGGAAUGGACAAAUGAGGUUUUCAGUCUGGCAACAAACCUGUUGGCCCAAAACAUGUCCAGGGACGCAUUUCUGGAAAAAGCCUAUACUAAACUCAAGCUACAAGUCACUCCAGAAGGACGAAUUCCUCUUAAAAACAUAUAUCGCUUGUUUUCAGCAGACCGGAAACGAGUUGAAACUGCAUUAGAGGCUUGUAGUCUUCCAUCUUCAAGGAAUGAUUCCAUACCUCAAGAGGACUUCACUCCAGAUGUGUACAGAGUUUUCCUGAAUAAUCUUUGCCCUCGACCUGAAAUUGAUAACAUCUUUUCAGAAUUUGGUGCCAAAAGCAAACCAUACCUUACUGUUGAUCAGAUGAUGGAUUUUAUCAACCUGAAGCAGCGAGAUCCCCGGCUAAAUGAAAUACUUUACCCACCUCUGAAACAAGAACAAGUCCAAGUACUGAUUGAGAAGUAUGAGCCCAAUAACAGCCUCGCCAAGAAAGGACAGAUAUCAGUGGAUGGAUUUAUGCGUUAUCUGAGUGGAGAAGAAAAUGGAGUCGUUUCACCUGAGAAACUGGAUUUGAAUGAAGACAUGUCUCAGCCCCUGUCUCACUAUUUCAUUAAUUCCUCGCACAACACCUACCUCACAGCUGGCCAGCUGGCUGGAAACUCCUCUGUGGAGAUGUAUCGCCAAGUGCUUCUGUCUGGUUGUCGCUGUGUGGAGCUGGACUGCUGGAAGGGAAGGACUGCAGAAGAAGAACCCGUCAUCACCCACGGAUUCACCAUGACGACCGAAAUAUCCUUCAAGGAAGUGAUAGAAGCAAUCGCAGAGUGUGCAUUUAAGACCUCACCUUUUCCAAUUCUUCUGUCAUUUGAGAACCACGUGGAUUCCCCAAAGCAGCAAGCCAAGAUGGCGGAGUACUGCCGACUAAUCUUUGGUGAUGCCCUUCUCAUGGAGCCACUGGAAAAAUACCCACUGGAAUCCGGAGUUCCUCUUCCCAGCCCUAUGGAUUUAAUGUAUAAAAUCUUGGUGAAAAACAAGAAGAAGUCACACAAGUCAUCAGAAGGAAGUGGCAAGAAGAAGCUCUCUGAACAAGUGUCCAACACAUACAGUGAUUCCUCUAGCGUGUUCGAGCCCUCAUCUCCCGGAGCAGGGGAAGCUGAUACCGAAAGUGAUGAUGAUGACGAUGAUGAUGACUGUAAAAAAUCUUCAAUGGAUGAGGGGACUGCUGGGAGUGAAGCCAUGGCCACGGAGGAGAUGUCUAACCUGGUGAACUAUAUCCAGCCAGUCAAGUUUGAGUCAUUUGAAAUCUCAAAAAAAAGAAACAAGAGUUUUGAAAUGUCUUCCUUUGUGGAAACCAAAGGACUCGAACAACUUACGAAGUCUCCAGUGGAAUUUGUGGAAUAUAACAAAAUGCAGCUGAGCAGAAUAUAUCCAAAAGGAACACGUGUGGACUCAUCCAACUACAUGCCCCAGCUSUUCUGGAAUGCAGGCUGUCAGAUGGUGGCCCUUAACUUCCAGACCGUGGACCUGGCAAUGCAAAUCAACAUGGGCAUGUAUGAAUACAAUGGGAAGAGUGGCUACAGGUUGAAGCCAGAGUUCAUGAGGAGGCCGGACAAGCAUUUUGAUCCGUUUACGGAAGGCAUCGUUGAUGGGAUAGUGGCCAACACUUUAUCUGUCAAGAUUAUUUCAGGUCAGUUUCUUUCUGAUAAGAAAGUUGGGACUUAUGUUGAAGUGGAUAUGUUUGGUUUGCCUGUGGACACCAGGAGGAAGGCAUUCAAGACCAAGACUUCCCAAGGGAAUGCUGUAAAUCCUGUCUGGGAAGAAGAGCCAAUUGUGUUCAAAAAGGUGGUUCUUCCUUCUCUGGCCUGUUUGAGGAUAGCAGUUUAUGAAGAAGGAGGUAAAUUUAUYGGCCACCGGAUCUUGCCAGUACAAGCCAUUCGGCCAGGCUAUCACUACAUCUGUCUGAGGAAUGAAAGGAACCAGCCCCUAAUGCUGCCAGCUGUCUUUGUCUACAUAGAAGUGAAAGACUAUGUGCCAGACACAUAUGCAGAUGUGAUCGAAGCUUUGUCAAACCCAAUCCGAUAUGUGAAUCUGAUGGAGCAGAGAGCUAAGCAACUGGCUGCUUUGACACUGGAGGAUGAAGAAGAAGUAAAGAAAGAGGCUGAUCCUGGGGAAACACCAACAGAGACUCCAAGCGAAACCAAGACGACUCCCUCAGAAAAUGGGGUGAAUCACACUACAUCCCUGGCACCCAAACCACCUUCCCAGGCUCUGCACAGCCAACCUGCUCCAGGUUCUGUCAAGGCUCCUGCCAAAACAGAAGAUCUUAUUCAGAGCGUCCUAACAGAAGUGGAAGCACAGACGAUUGAAGAGCUAAAGCAACAGAAAUCAUUUGUGAAACUUCAAAAGAAGCACUACAAAGAAAUGAAAGACCUGGUGAAGAGACACCACAAGAAAACUACUGACCUGAUCAAAGAACACACUACAAAAUAUAAUGAGAUUCAGAAUGACUACUUGAGAAGGAGGGCAGCUCUGGAGAAGUCAGCCAAAAAGGACAGCAAGAAAAAAUCAGAGCCCAGCAGCCCUGACCAUGGCUCAUCAACAAUUGAGCAAGAUCUUGCUGCCCUGGACGCCGAAAUGACCCAGAAGUUAAUAGACCUGAAGGACAAACAACAGCAGCAGCUGCUUAAUCUUCGGCAAGAACAAUAUUAUAGUGAAAAAUACCAGAAGCGAGAACAUAUUAAACUGCUCAUUCAAAAGUUGACAGAUGUUGCUGAAGAGUGUCAGAACAACCAAUUAAAGAAGCUCAAAGAAAUCUGUGAGAAAGAGAAGAAAGAAUUAAAGAAGAAAAUGGAUAAAAAGAGGCAGGAGAAGAUAACAGAAGCUAAAUCCAAAGACAAAAGCCAGAUGGAAGAGGAGAAGACAGAGAUGAUCCGGUCCUACAUCCAGGAGGUGGUGCAGUAUAUCAAAAGGUUAGAAGAGGCACAAGGUAAACGACAAGAAAAACUCUUGGAGAAACACAAGGAAAUCCGCCAGCAGAUACUGGACGAGAAGCCCAAGCUACAGAUGGAGUUGGAGCAAGAAUACCAAGACAAGUUCAAAAGAUUGCCCCUGGAGAUUUUGGAAUUUGUGCAGGAAGCCAUGAAAGGGAAGAUCAGUGAAGACAGCAAUCACAGUUCUGCCCCUCCCUCCUUGGCCUCUGACCCUGGAAAAGUGAACCACAAGCCUCCCUCCAGUGAGGAGGUGGAAGGAGAGAACCCAGGAAAAGAGUUUGAUACUCCUCUGUGAUUGCUCCUGCUAGGCCACUCAAGCUCCAUUGAACUCUCUCUUCUAAAGAUCACUGCCCAGGACCAUCUUCCUGAGAAGCAUCCCUUAGCCUAAAUUCAACACCAAAUGGAGAGUUCCAGAAGGAUCCAUACAGAGGUUUCAUGGCCAGGCUCCAGGUGUCAUGCAGAAAACACUGCAGUGAAGAAUGCAUGUAUGUGGGAUUUCUGUUUUCUUUCUAAUAGUAAAUUCAAAGCAGGCAACUCCCAGGCUCUAUGGAACAUUAAAUGACAGAAAGUAUCUUCUUUGAAGAAACUUCGAGCUCCUGUUUUUAUUUGAAACUCCGGUGUAAAGUAUUUCAAAGUAAUAGAAAUAGAUUGAGAAAUGCAUAGCACUAUUUAACACUAUUGAUCAUCUGACUUUGAGCAUUUUUUUUUCCUAGCUGCCCCUCAACUCAAUGUCUUCAAGUUCAUAUGCAUAUUAAAUGGUUUCAUCCUUUGCUUUGCAAGCACGGGUGGCUUGCAGUUUGCUAAUUUAUUUAUCAUAGAGGCAUCAGUAUUUGUCGCUGACAUGGCUUUAUUAGAUACCAUAGUGAUUCAAAUAAGCUGGUUUUCUCUUUUGCAAAACAAAAUCACUUGAUUGUAUCCUUACCCAGUGAAGCCAUCCCAAGACUUAGCAAUAUGGAUUGUACAUUUGGCUGCAUGAGCAAGUUGGCUGCACAUUUUCAGGCAGUGUGUUAUCUGAAUUGACUAUUUGCACUCGAAGUCUGGAUAUUCAUUGGCUGUUGGCCUGAAAUGAAUGAUCAAAUAGCUACAACAGGUCUGUUCUGUUAAACAAAAAGAGUUGAGCUGAUAUGUGUUAAGCAGAAAUUCAACUAGAAUAAACAGGUUCCAGUGGUUAUUUUGCUGUCUGACAUUUUUUAUGGUUCAUUUAUUUUUAAUAGAGAGAGGAAGAUUAACUAUUUAUCAAAAGAA